CACACAAACACACACACGCGACACACCGACACCCCUGGGACGGCCGGUGGGGUCCCCGCCGUGCGCCGCUGCCGCCGGGGUCAGCGUGGCCCGAGGUGGCACCGGGCGGGACACGGGGGCACCGGGGGCACGCGUGCGGCAGGUGGGUGCGUGCGGGCGGGCUGCUGGCACCGCCGAGGCUCCGCCGAGCCCCCCCCCGCCACCGUGGGGACCCCCGUGUGGGCCGGGGCGAUGCUGGGGGGUCCGGAGCGGGGCGGUGCGGGGCGCCUGCGGAUCUGCGAGCGGACCAAGCUGGUGCUGGUGGAGAUCGACACGGUGGCGUGUUGCAGCCCGGGUGGUGGCGGCAUGGCCGCGGGCUGCUGGCCCGAGCCGCCCUGGACCUACCGCCGCAUCGCCGGGGAGUACGCGUACCUGGAGAAACGCUUUGUGGCCGAGCUGGCCCCCCCUUGGCCCCCAGCGCCCUCCAACCCCCCUUGUGGCCUGCAGGACUUCACAGCCCGGCCCCGGGUGCCCCCCACCCCCUGCCCCCCACCACGGCUUGAGGGGCCGGGGGGCAGCAGCGGACCCUGGGGGGGUCACGCCGUGCCCACCCCUCGGCCCCCCUCGGUGUCGGGGGACAAGCAGGGCCCCCCCACGUACGAGGUGCACAUGCAGCGGGUGCAGGCCGCCCACGGCCGCCGAGGGGGACCCCCCCCUUACAUCGCACCCCCCGCCUAUGACGGUCCCCACCGCACCCUCCAGCUGCGACCCCCGCGGGGACCCCGCAGCCCCCCGGCGGCUCCUCCUCGGGCCCGGGGCGCUGUGCCGGGCGCCUGGAGCCACACUCUGCCCCGGGCGGCCACCGAGGCCAAGCACCGGUGGCCCCGUGCGACGCUGCUGUCCCCAGCAGGGCCUGGCACCGGCCCCCGGCACUGCCAGACGCUGCCACGGGCGGCGGCCGGCCGGGAGCGGGCACCGGGGCGCGGCAGGGGGCAGCGGGGAACGGGAGGCCACGUCCUCAUCGAUGCCACCCGCGUGGUGGUCCGCGCCCAGUACGUGCCACCCCCGCAGCGCCAGCAGGUCCGCUAUGCCAGGGCAUCCCCUCCUCGCAGCCCUUCGGUGCCCGCCGGGGUCGGCGGCGCUUCGGCAGCGCCCUCGCCGCCCCGGGAGCCGCCCGGCAGCCCCCGCAGCCCGUGGCACAGCCCGGGGGGCUGCAGGGGUGCCCGGGGGCGGCCCCCGCCGCGGCGGCCGGUGCUGUACGCGCAGGCAUUGCGGGAAGCCGUGUCCCGCAUCCGCCGGCACACGGCGCCCGACUCGGACUCGGAUGCCGAGAGCAGCGUGGGGGGGUCCCGGCAGCGCCUCUGCCGAGACCCCCGAGCCUACAGCAGCAGCAGCAGCAGCCUGGAGAGCGCCGGAGCCCCCCCGGGCCCCGCCAGCCCCACCCCGGCCUGAGGGGCGGGGCUUGGCGGGGUGUGGCGUUUUGGGGGCGGGGCUUGGCGGGGCGUGGUCCUCAGGCGCUCAGGGCUGGAGUUCCCACGGGCUGACCCCAAUAAAAGCU